GCCCGCUACCACUCGACCAAUGUUGUCCAAUCAGCUGAUUUCUGUUGUUGUGACAGUGACAGUUGUGAAGUUCUUUGUACUCUGCUGAUGCAUAUUGAUUUAUAGUGAUUUGAAACCGUCUGAAGCCCUUGUUUGCGACUUUGAUGAUCUUCGGCAGCGAAAUGACGCAGUUUGGGAAAUGAAAUGUUGAUUUGCAUCGAAAACAAGAUGUGAUCAGAUGUUUACCCACACCCUCAAUACUAUUACAGCGACCAAAUUAUGUCUGCUGAAUCACCUCGACGGUCCAGAUCCCAGACGAGAGGGGGGAGUAGCGUCACUGUCGCACCUCAACAAGUCACGGACCCCACGAUUUUGGACAGCGUCGCUGGAUUUAUCAACGAGGUCGUACCGACAGCGUAUAAUGUACCUAACGAAGUUGACGAUAAGAUACAAUGGGCACAUUUUGAACAACUAGACCAGGACGAAGCCACAUGGGGGUCCAUUUACGAUGCUGAUAAUGCCGUUCCACCGCCCCUGAUACUCGUCUUGGGAUACACUACAGGCAUACAGAUUUGGGUGAUUCCAGCAACGGGCGAAGCCACUGAAAUCUUAUCAUUUCGUCAUAGCAUUCUUCGUGUUCUCCGAUUGAUUCCGACUCCGUUCAAAACUGGCGGAGACAAUGUUGAUUUGUUUGCAUCAUCGCGUCCUCUAAUCGCUCUUUGUGACUCUAUUUCAAAUUACAGCACUCUGACUUUUCGGUCACUUAAAGGAGGAGUUGUAGAUCCGGUAAAACAGAUACAGUUUAAAACGUCAAUCUUGAACGUUUUAGCAAAUCGUCAUUCGAUUGUGGUGAGUUUUGCUGAAAAAAUCGCCGUCUUCGAUGCAUUUACUUUGGAGAAUCGUAUCAGUGUGACUACUUGUUAUUUGAGCCCUGGUAUCCAACAGAAUCCUUUAGCUUUAGGUGCAAGAUGGUUGGCGUACGCUGAAAAAAGGCUAAUAGCGAAUAAUCGGAGUGGAGGUGGCAAUGAAGGGGAAGGAGUACAAAGUUAUACCGCUACUGUAUUACAUGCAGCAAAGUCUUUGGGUCGUGGCAUUCGGGAAUUCACCGAAUCAGUGGCUGGAAGUUUAACGGGGAAUCCCAAUUUUAAACCUGGUUCAUCAACGAGUAGCCCCCAAGCCGGAGGAGUAGCCGAUGUGCCCCAAAAAGGCAUCGUUACAAUUCUCGACAUUGAAAACAAGACAAUGAGUCCACAAGAGAAUGUUAUUCCGCAAGAUGCUGUGAUAGCCCAUUUUGUAGCCCACACUGAAGCUAUUGUUUGUUUAUCGUUUGAUCCGAGCGGAAUGUUACUUUUAACAGCCGAUAAACGUGGUCAUGAUUUUCACGUGUUUCGGAUACAACCCCAUCCUGGGGGCCCUGCUUUGGCUGCAGUCCAUCACUUGUAUGUGUUACAUCGUGGUGAUACAUCGGCCAAAGUUCAAGAUAUGUGUUUUUCACCGGAUUCGCGUUGGGUGACUGUAUCUACACUUCGGGGAACUACUCAUGUAUUUCCGGUGACACCUUACGGUGGUCCGAUUAGUGUACGAACACAUGCUACAGCACAUGUUGUUAAUAAGAUGUCAAGGUAUCAACGAUCAGCUGGAUUGACUUUGGAAGGUAGAUCAAGUAGUCCAGUAUCAUUGACUGAAACACCAGUCAAUUCGUUGUUUCCCUAUCGCAAUCCAAGAUUUCCACCUUAUCCACAGCCGACUAUUGUCAAUCCACUUGCUCAAAUCAGACAACCGGUUUAUGUACAAAAUACAACGGGAGCAUUGUCUCAAAGAACCCAUCCUGGAAGACAACGAUUGUCUUCGUCGUCAGAAGAGAAUAUUACUUUGAGGGUUGUAGCGUGUUUUGCCUCACCUAGAGCAUGGAUGGAUGUCUCAAAAGGGGGACCAAGAGAGACUUCGCACAAGCCCCAAAUCAAACCGGUGGAGUCCUUGUUCGUAAUCUCGUGCUACGGAACGUUAAUCCAGUACGAUUUGGAACCACAUCCAUCUUCUUCGCUCCCAAAAGAACGCGUAUGUAACGAUACCCCAAUUGAAUUGAAAGUAUGUGCAAAAGCCCAAUGGUCUCUUCAUCGUCGCCUUCAUACCGCUGACGUUCCCUUACCAUUAUCCGAAGACAACUUAAAUUUUAUAGCUCAAAGCGUGCCUCUUUACAAAAAGACUAAACCCGAUCAUAACGACGAUCAUUGGUUGUCUCAAGUUGAAAUUGUGACACAUCUAGGACCCCAUAGGAGGCUUUGGAUGGGACCCCAAUUUACGUUCAAAACCUAUACCAUCACAAAUGGUACUGUUUUAGAAACGAAAUCAGUUGAUGUGAGACGUUCAAAACCGGUUAAUAUGCCGGUGAGCAAAGCUAAUGCGAUUUUAAUUGAAUCGGGGUCUGCAAGCAGUUGCGAGCAAUUGUUUUUGGACACAUAUCAUAAGGCGUGUGAGGAGGUGGGAAGUGCUGGGGAGACAAGACUUAAAGAGGAUUUGGCAGAUGCCAUGUUAGAAUCGCCAGGAAUUCGAGGAGGAGAUACAGGUGGGCAUUGCGUGAUCGUUUCAAUGAAACCAUCAUCGACAGUUGCCAAAGUCGUGAAUCCGUUAGGCACCGUUGUAACAGUCCAAUCUGAUGAUGAAACAACGCUAGAACAGCAAGUUAUUGAAGAUGCUGUUAUACAUGAAAACUGCGAUGAAGCAUUAUUUAGACCGGUGGUGGCACCAAAAGCCGUUUUUUAUUCAGAAACCAAACCGAAACCUUGUCCUCCAGAUCACAUACUGACCAAAAGUCUCGAAGCCAACACUGAAGUCGCCGUCAAAAUCAUCAAUCAUAAAAGCAACAAUGAAAAAAAUAAUAGACUAUCUUCCAAACAUAUCAAGUCGAGAGAAAGCUCACCUAAAACUAAAACAAUCAAAAAAAGUUGCGGCAAAAUUGAGGAGAAUAAGACCAAAAUCAAGAAGGAAGACAAAGUGCAAGAUGUUUUGGAUUGUGUGUGCGUUGAUUUGCCCCAGUUUGAGGAUGUGCCGAUGAAGAAAAGCCCCGACUCAUCUCUAUUCGAAAGCAUUUUAAAAUUUGAAGAUGCUGAAGAUUGCAGCGAAAAAAUGACAAACGCUUUGAAUAAAACAACCGAUCCGGAAAUAACUUGUUCUUCCGAAGAAGAGAAACUGUCUACACGUAAAGCACGCAAACCUAAAACUAAGCUUGGAGUGAAAAUAACAAAAGAAAAAGAGAAUGCCAGUUUAGUGGAAAUCGAUGUUCCACCAAUAAAAAGGUCUUGGAAUAUUGUGGCGGCCUCAAAACCACCCAAAGAAAAAAUCAUCGAUUUGGAUCUUCCCGAAAUUGAAAGUGUGGAAAGUUUUGCAGUAAAUAAACUUGCGAAAAAAGAGAAUUUGAUUGAUAUUGACGUGGAGGUGAAAAAUGAUGAGUUGUUGAAGAUUGAUAAUAAAUCUUCGGAUGAGAUCGGAUCAUCACCAGAUACGACCGAAAGUGACGAUUCAAGUAAAGUACCACCGAUUGUCGAGGAUGAAAAUCUUGCGCCGGCGCAAAACUCGCAAACGUCGAAAAGUUCUCGGAAAAAGUCAAAGAAAAAACGUAAAUAAUUGGAUUGGAAAUUCCGAAAGUCUCUAAAAUGCUCUCGUAAUUGUUAAUUUUUUAGAUGUGUUGGGUCAGGAUACGUUUUUCUAAGUAUUAAAUGUGUUCACCUUAAAUUUUCGACAAAAGUGGUGUAAAAUUGUACAUAAUAAUAAUAAUAAUAAUAAUAAUUUAAGAUAUUGUGAAUCUGUAUUUCAUUACACUAAACAAAAAAUUGGAAAGAAAAAUAAAGAUCUCAUGUGGA